AGACACAGAAUAUCUUUGUGACUGACAAAGUGGUCCAAAAUGGAGAAAGACGAGGCCCCACAGUUGGUGACUCCUGCAUCGGUGAAAGCCAUCAUCUCAAGGAUUGAGGCUGCCCAGCUAACUCGGGCGCAGGAGGAUAUUUCGUCCCAGCUCGCCGACAUCUUGGACAAUGUCAAUUGUGUCAUCAACCGCUUCCAGGAAGAAUUGGGAUAUGAUUUAAAAGAAAAGGCAAAAUCUCACCAGAUGCAGCAAAAGGGCAAGAACAGAUUCAUCUUGUUGGAGAAAAUCGCCUCCUUCUCCAAAGAUUCUAAGACUAAAGAGAAACACUUAUACGAAAUUCUCCACUGGCUGGGUGACUGGGGUGACAGUCUGACCUACGAGAUCAGGAACAGGAAGAGUGAGAAGGAGGAGGAAGCCCUGGACGAAUGGAUUGAGGUGAUGGAGAAGGUGUUACCUCUCUCCCUCAUCACCACCAAAGGAGGCAUCAAGUCGCUCAUUUCCCUUUGCUCCACUCUCAUUGAAGGACAAAAGAAAAGGGCACAAGUAUCCAAACACACAUUCUGGCAAGGCUGGCAGGAACAAAGCCUGCAAAAGUCUACAUCCUACCCCCAGCCACUGAGCCCAGAGCAGAUGCUCCAGGACAAGAAUACUACUUGCACGAGGGUUUCUGAGGUGAGGUCCAUGCUGCAGGAACUCCUCGAGUCCACCAUGUUCAGCCAGGGGGAGGUCAGGGCCAUCAGGUACAUGUCUGCAGUGGUGGAGAACCUCAACAAGGCCUUGAACCUCCAGCACAAUGAGAACAGGAGCCUGGAGACCAAAUAUAGGCAACUGAAAAUAGAGAUGACCAAAGAACUCAGCUGCCAGAGGCUCUACUUUCAGCAAUCCCUCCAAGUCCUUGAGAAUAAGAGGGAUGCCCUACUAAGGCAGGUAGAAACUCUAGGGGGAAAGUACUAUGACCUUCUCCUGAUAAAGCAUGCCUUAGAGUUUCAGCUGAAGAAGGCCCAGACUGUUAGAGGUCAAGCCAACUCCCUGGACCCCCCUAAGAAAGAGACUCUCCCAAAGAAAGAAGCAGCCACGGAGGAAACCCAACAGGAGCCCAAGAAGGAGGAGCAGUUGUUUUCACCACUUUCCCCAGGUCCCAUGGCCACAGCUGGGGACAGUGGUGCUAGGUCUUCUACAUGUCAGCCACUUUCCACCAUGACCAUGCAUCGGAGGAUCGCAGAUGUAUACAGCAGCAGGGACACUGAAAGUCUUCAGCUUAUGUUGCCAUCCUCAGUGGAUCACAAAUUUCCUAAGAAAUGGGAAAUACCAAUGGCAGAGAGUCCAGGCCACGAAGUCUUAGAUCAGAAGGACUUCUUCCCGGAAGCAGCCCAAGAGAAAGGAGGACUCCAAAUUAAGUCCCAUUUUAGGGAGCAGCUGUCUCCAGAGAGCUCCAGGACGGUGGCCUUGGAGAGCAAGCGGGAGCAUUGGGAAGAGGAACUCAGCUGGGAGAGGCGGAGGCAGCAGUGGCUGGAGGAGGAGGAGCUGUGGCUGCAGCGGCAGAAGAAGUGGGCCCUGCUGGAGCAGGAGCACCAGGAGAAGAUGCGCCAGUGGGAGGUGGAGGAAGGAGCAAAGGAGCAGCAGCAGAGACUGGUCCCGCCGGAAAAGGGGGACGGGGGCCCGCGGAGGGAGCCGGGGCAGCCAGGCAAGGAUGAGGAGAGGAAGAUCUUUGUGACCACCAGUCGAUGGAGGGACUUGGAGAAGGCAUCACUGGUACCUCCCCCAAGCCGCACCCAAUCUGCUCACCAAGGCAGGAGGCCACGCUUGCCCAGGUCCCCUAAUACUCAGCAGCCCACUCCAGGGCAGCGGAGUGCCAAGAGUUCAACCGAGUUAACCCAGAAACCAUGGACCCGCCGGGUUCCCACAAAGCCCAAGAAAUCAGCCGCCGUUCCUGUCACAGGGGCAUUCAUUCGAAAGGUGACCCAGCCCCCUUUGCAUAUAUCCCCGGUAACUCUGAAGGGGAAGGAGUACCACAUGGACGUGGAAGCCCAGAGGAAGAACCUGCAGCUCCUAAGUGAGGAUGCGGAGCUGGGGCUGCCCAGCUACCUGCGCAGCAAGGCUCUGGAGCUCACCACCACCACCAUGGAGCUGACCAUGCUCAAGCUGCGGAACCUGUGCCAUAAAUACAUCCUCUACAGAUGCUUCCAGAGCCUCCGACAAGAAGUGAUUAACCACGUACAAGACAUGCGAGAAACUGGGGCAACCUACAAGGCCCAGAGCCUCUACAUUUUCCUGGAGAACAUCGACCACCUGCAGAACCUCCGCCUGCAGGCCUGUAUGGACAGGCAGAAGGACCUGGAGGAGAAGCGCCGAGAGUGCCUGAGCAGCAUGGUGACCAUGUUCCCCAAGCUCAAGCUGGAGUGGAACAUUCACUUGCACACCCCUGUGGUCACCUCCCCGAAGUCAAGGAAAAGCAAGCCGCCCUCAUCCUUACUUCGGUGUGUCCACUCCAGCAGCCCCUUCUGCAAGCAGCCCCCAGAGCGUCUUCCAUCUGAGCACCAGGAACGUGUGCCCCUAAGGACAGCGCGCCAACGGAGGAGCCAGAUGGAGGCUGUUUGGAAGACUGAUGUGGCCUCCUCCAGUCACGCAAUAGAAAAGAAGACCCCUGCCAUUCUGUCCUGGGACCAGCUGGGGGGGUGCCCAGAUAUUCCCCGGCUGUUGGCAUUGGAUGUGCAUUCCUCCUACCAUAAAAGCUUGAUGUCCCUCAAGACCUGUGUCUCGGUGACCCAAAGAAAGGAACACCAGGAGUCCUCAGAUGAGUCUGCUGUACUUGUUCAUAAAAAGUCAAGUGAGUCGCUCCCUGGAACCCUAGACAGCCAGAAGGAUCGAGACAAUCACAGUCCCCACUCCAUCCCUUAGCCAGUGAUUCUCAAAUUUUAGGGUGACUAAAAUCACAUGGGAACUUGUUCCAAAUUCAGGUUCCCAGCUGGUGUUUUUCAACAAACACCAAGGGUGUUGCUAAAAAGUCCUAGAACUUUGAGAAAUGCUACUUUCCUCCACUCCCUAAACUGUAUAUUUUUAAUAAAAUAGAGGUAUGCUUAUUUUAAAAUUUUUCUGUCUCAUUGCUGAAACCCACAUCUUCCCAACUGUUUUUUGGAACCAGGUCCAUGACCACCUGGCCACUGACCUGGACACCAAUCGGAGAAGAUUCCCGAUUCUCUCUUUCCUUAGGGAGCCAAGAGGCCAAGACGGCCAUGAUUAGUGCCUGGCAAGGAAUAGGGGUUGGAAUUCUUGAAUUAAAUAAGUAAUUGAAAUACUGAUGAUUAGAAUGAAAGCACAGAGGAGAAAAACAAAAGGAAAUAUUGUGUACAGUCAGAGUCAAGUGUCACUGUGUGGGAGGCAAAGGUGAGUAACUCUCAGGAGUGAUGGCAAAAGUGACAGAAAUGGAGACAUGGAGGUUCCAAAUCUAGAUGGUGUGGGCUAAGGAGGCCAUUUCUGGCAAUUGUCUUUCAUUUCAGUCAAGACACUACUUUCCUCAGUUCAUUAAGCUAAAAAGUACUGUCCCACCCUCUCUGUUCCUAGCACACAGCCAUCUGU